AUGAACGUGGGGGGCUAUGCGGACAAUGUGUUAUGGGGGCUGGCUCUAGGGGACGGCUGUGGGUCCCGGACCCUGCCCGGCAUGAGGCGGGCGCUGCUGACCGCGCUGCUGGUGUCGCUGCUGCUCUCCCCGCUGCGCUGCGCCGGGCCCCGCAGCAGCGCCGAGGCCGCGCCCCGCCCGAGCCGGUCCCUGCGGGGCCCCGCGCCGCGCCCCGAGCCGGCCCCGCUGCUGCGCGCCCUGCGGCCCGUGGGCGGCCUGGCGCGGGCCAGGCGCGAGGAGCCGCCGCUCUCCAUCGACCUGACCUUCCACCUGUUGCGGCACAUGCUGGACGUGGCGCGGGCGCAGAGCCAACGCGCGCAGGCCGAGCAGAACCGGCUCAUCUUCGACUCGGUGGGCAAGUGA